GGACCUUGCAGCUCCGCAGAGCCGCUCGGGCUGCUGCAGUUCCCGGUGCUGGCGCUGGAGAAACAUGACCUUCAGCAGCUUGUCUCCUAAACCACCCCGAGCUGAUCUGCGCUAGGGCCCGCUCUUGCUGCAGACAGACCCGGGCAGGGUGGCUGGGUAGCCUCGGUUCAUGUGAGAUGCUAGAUGUCACCUGCAGAAGAAGAGAGGAGCUUACCUCUUCCAGAGAGAUGGCCCCGAGCCAGCAAAUUCGCUCUGUCAGCCUGUGCAGCGGCUGUGGCAGAACUAGUGACAUUUCCYCUGGAUCUCACGAAAACCCGGCUGCAGAUCCAAGGUGAAGCUGCGGCCGGCCCGGCGCUCCCGUACCGCGGGAUGCUGCGCACGGCGGCGGGAAUCGCGCAGGAGGAGGGCGUGCGGAAGCUCUGGCAAGGAGCCACGCCGGCCGUCUACCGCCACAUAGUAUACACUGGUGUUCGGAUGGUUACUUACGAACAGCUCCGUGACUCCGUGCUUGGCAGGGUGCAGGGUGAAAGCUUUCCUCUCUGGAAAGCUGUGGUUGGAGGCAUGUCUGCGGGUGCCAUUGGACAGUUUUUUGCCAGCCCAACYGAUCUGGUGAAGGUGCAGAUGCAAAUGGAGGGAAAAAGGAAGUUGGAAGGAAAACCGUUACGGUUUCGGGGUGUACACCAUGCAUUUCUGAAGAUMCUGUCUGAAGGAGGAAUAAGGGGACUUUGGGCUGGAUGGGUACCAAAUGUCCAAAGAGCUGCUCUGGUGAACUUGGGAGAUCUGACCACUUAUGACUCAGUGAAACACUUUUUGCUUCUGAACACACCACUUGUGGACAACAGUGUGACUCACGGUGUUAGCAGUGCCUGCUCGGGGCUGGUAGCAGCUGUUCUGGGAACUCCUGCCGACGUGGUCAAAACCCGGAUAAUGAACCAGCCGAGAGAUAAGCAGGGAAGAGGUCUGCUCUAUAAGUCUUCCAUGGACUGCUUGAUUCAAACUGUCCAGGGUGAAGGGUUUAUGUCUCUGUACAAAGGCUUUAUACCUACCUGGAUGCGAAUGGCUCCUUGGUCACUGGUAUUCUGGCUUACAUAUGAACAAAUCAGAAGGAUGUGGGGAGUUAGCUCUUUUUAAAACCUUGGAUAUUCACAAAAGACAGAAGAAUCAAAAAGCUGAAUUCUCAUUCCACAAAGCAGUAGGAUCAUUUAUAUAGGUUGUUGCUCCAAACCAGUCCUUACUGGAUAGGAGCAGCCAUGACCUAAGGAUACUACUUCAUUGUCAGAGUGCUACAUGAAAUUUAUAUUAUUGAUGGAAUAAAAUAGUCACAAUAAUACUUCAACUAGUAGCCAGCAUCGAUUUUCUGAACCAGCAAACAAGAAUAAAAAAAAGAGUCUACCAAGCAUCUAGAACAUAAUCCUGUCUACUUGUUUGAUAAUUGAGAUGGUUCCUCUCAUUAAAGACAAGAGCAGGUUGAUCAAUGCACUGAACAUGUUCUGUGGCUAAACAUCUAUAAAAUUACUUGGGAAUUUUUGUUGUUAAUUGCAUUUGCACACAGAUAAAGAACUACCUCUUCUUAGUUUGAUGUCUCAACAAACCGAGCCUGUAGUGCUAGGUAUUGAAAAAGAUAAAAGCAGUUUACCUGAUUCCAAAUUUGCUUUGCACGAAAAGUGGAAGGGUUUGUAUUCCUUUUACUUCCCAGAGACUGCCUGAGCUCUCCACUCAACUAUUUGAAUGAAAUCAUGAUUGAAAUGCAGUCCAGUUCUCAGGAAAUCAAAAGCCUUGUUUGCUGUGCCCCACUURAAAGGCUUGAGAUAUUCCACCGGACCAAGCUGAACUAUCUGUCCCGUGACAAUCUUGGUGCUGAUGUGGCAGACUGGGUUUUUAAGGCACCACUUUUCCACGGAAAUGCACACUCUGUCCACUUCAAAUCUCAGUGGAAAUACAACAUUCUCUUCAAUAAUGCAAUACAUUUGAACAGACAGUUUAUUUAUUGUUAAACCUAAAGCCUUUCAGAUUUCAUAGGGAAAGAGGAUAGGGCUAUUUGUCACUAGGUUCAUCUUUGGCAAUCGAGGCAAAAAUGCAGUAUUAAAAGCAGACAUGAGAAUAGAACAAAGCUGGCUUUCAUUUGGUAAUAUCUAGAAAUGUAAUUAAUGUAGAAGACUUGGCUCUCCGAGUAAAUACCGAGGAUUUCUUCUAGUCUUUGCAACCAGUGUCUUCAAUGUGCUUAUUACUCAUUAAAAACAGUUUGA